UUUCGAAACAAUUUGUUGUGACAGCUAGCAUGUCGUCUGUAGAAAAAGAGUAAAAAUAGACAAAUACAAACAAACUAUGUCAAAAAGGCAUAUUCAAACAAAUCUAGGAGGUCAGAAGAUAAGUUAGCUGAAUGUCUUGUUGAUAAGUCUUAUUGUUGCAGGAAGUGAUUUGGUUUAUCUCGCCACGCCACGAAGCCUAUAUCAUGAGCCUGCAAAGUUUCCGUCCUUCUACUUUCGGCGUGUACCGAUCGCAGGAAAGAGACCGUGUCUCCGGAUAUGGAUAAUGUGUUGGAUUUCCUCCAAAAGAGCCAUGUACACAUUAAAGAUUGGGAAAAAGUGAAAGACAAAAUACAGUCUUUGGUUACCGGGAGGCACAACCAACUUCAAGUUGUAGCUGAUUUUGAUUUCACACUCACCAAGUUCCAUAAUAAUGGACAAAAAAUUCCAUCAACUUACAGUGUUAUGGAAAGCUAUUCUAAUUGGCCAAUGGAAUGCAAAGAAGCUAUUAGACUGUUAAAAUCAAACUAUCAUGAAAUAGACAAUGACCCUCUCAGAACCAUCAAAGAGAAGACACCACUAUUAUUAGAUUUGUUAAGAGAUGCUUUCAAAAUAAUGCAGUGCAGUAGGCUGCAGGAAAGUAAUUUCAAAUCUAUGGUGGAAGAGAGCUCUAUACAAUUCAGGGAAGGUGUUGAAAGUUUUUUUGAAGAUCUGAAUAUAGCCAACAUACCUGUACUGAUUAUAUCUGCUGGGCUUGGAAAUAUAAUUCUCGAAGUGUUAAGCAAGCAUAGUCUUCUGAAAAACAAUCUCAAAGUUAUAGCAAAUCAUGUUAAAUAUUAUCAAAUUGACGAUGAAAUUACUGAUGCGGUUUCAAGUCGCCAGUUUGUUCAUCCAUACAACAAAGAUGUUAUCUCAUCGCGUCUUUCGGACGGUUACUUUGAGAAUUUAUCACAUUGCAAAAAUAUGAUUCUUUUGGGGGAUUCAUUAGGAGAUCUUCACAUGUCUUGUGGUGCUGCCGCCAAUACCCUAUUGACAAUUGGAUUUCUUAAUGAAAAGGUUGAUAAUACUGUAAUUUACAUUUUUAGGAAUAAAUCAUAUAUAAUCUGUUGCUUUAAUACAUCCCAGAUUGAACAGUCCUUGGCGAACUACACGGAACAUUUUGACAUCGUUUUAGUCGACGAUCAGACAUUUAAUGUACCAAAUUCUUUGAUAAAGUUAGUUGUGGGAUAAACCUCAACCAGGAUCUGAAUUCUGAAUUUGACAAAUAAAUGAAAAUUUUUUUCGUCCUUAAAUGCGGAAAUAUAAAUCCAACCAUAACACAAAGUUGUCACCUGUAUGCCUCAAUGCUUUUUUCUUUUCUUUUUUUUUUUUGGUUUGCUUGGCUUGUCCGGCUUCUCCGUCUUUCCGUGAGCCCGUCUUCCAUCUAUGACCUAUUUAAUUUUAAAAAGUUAUCAUUACUGAAUAGUGGCAACAACGCAUUAAGGACUACUCUACUCGUUAGAUUUUCAAGUAAACAAAAUAACAAGAAACCGAUCACACUCUUGCUUAUUAGAUUUAAACCUGAGUUAACUGUGUCACUUUAAAUUACUGAGCUAUCAGCAGAAAUGGUGGUUUGCAAGUAUUUCCUAGAAGGGCGAUGUAGAUUUGGAGCCAAUUGCAAGAACGAACAUACUCAAAAUCGUCCUCUAUCCUAUCAACAACAGUCAUUUAAUCAACCAGUAAGACAACAAUACUUCCCUCAGCAGCAGCAACUGCAGCGUACAGCAGAAAGCCAACAACCAGCAAUUCUUGAAAAUUUGCUGCAAGUUUUUGUUAUUGCAGUUAAUAUAGAACAUAAUGUAAUUAAUUUUCUAUUGCUUCCAGCUCUGUUGUAAAAGAUGAUGCUACCAACUCCAUGCAGGGAGGGCAAUGGUUGUUUUCGUGUUACGCUCCACUGCUUAGAAAAUUUACAAAAGCUGCUUUCAACAACAAUGAGGAAAAUCUCCCCAAUUUGGUAGACUACAGUCCCGAAGAACUUCGUUGGGAAGCAAUAAGCAGCAACAUGAAAGGACAGUUUCAUGAUUAUACUACCAAGCUACAACUGCUUUCACAAAGUUAUCAUACAAUUCAGCGAGCUUUGCAAAAUCUUGAUCAAGCCACUUCAAACUUUAUUGUCCAAUAUGAACGUGGGGAAAAUGUUAGUCCAGCAGGCACAGCUUUAGCAACUUUUGUACCAUCUCUCUCUGCAAAUAACGUCAAUGCAACUUCCAGUCCGUCUCAGUUUAGCUUUGCUCUGCCUUCCACCCAGCCUCACCAAGGUGUUGUUGCUCCCUUCAAAUUUCAGUUACCUUCACAACAGCCUGCUGCUGCACCUUUCAGCUUUAAGUUGCCUUCUCAACAACCUGCUGCACCAGUAGCAGCACCUUUCACUUUUCAACCAGCUCAACAACAAGCUCAACAGUCUGCUGCUGCACCAUCUUUCAGCUUUAAAUUACCUUCUCAGCUUCCCAUUCAAUCUGCAGUAAACUAUUCUUUCAACAUCCAUGCAAUUUCUCAUGUUGCUGAAAAUUCGUCCUACGGCCCUCAGUUAAGUCAGACUAACAUACAACAAUUCAAAGCUGACAAAUUUUCGUUUGGAAAAAUUCCACGCAUUCCGCCACCAAAAGAAUUUCGUUAAAAAUUGUUAACACAGUUCUGUUGUUGUGAUUUAGCCGUUUAAGUAUGUAAAGGUAUUACAAAAUUAUUGGAAAUUCAAAUAAAAUCUAAUUUCUCAGUC